AUGAAAACAUGCACAUUCGUGACAGGUAACCCGAAUAAGGUCAUCGAAGUCAAUGCCAUUCUCGGUGACUCGAUCCCAAUCCGGGCCCUCGCAUUGGAUAUUCCAGAGAUCCAAGGGUCGCUGGAAGACAUUGCACGCGAUAAGUGCCGACGGGCUGCUAAAAUGGUUAAUGGACCAGUGAUUGUGGAAGACUCGGCGUUGGAAUUCCAUGCGAUGAAUAGGCUUCCAGGGCCAUACAUUAAAUAUUUCCUUGAAUCGCUUGGAAAUGAUGGGUUGAACAAACUUCUGGCCCCGUACGAAGACAAAAGUGCGGACGCGGUCUGCACUUUUGCCUUUUCCUCAGGGCCCCCUAGCGAGCCCUUGAUCUUUCAAGGAAGACUUCAAGGCAAGAUUGUUGCUGCGAAGGGACCACCCGUAUUCGGAUGGGAACCAAUCUUUGAGCAUGGAGGGGAAACUCUCGCGGAGAUGGCCCAUGAUAAGAAGAACAAGUUAUCUCAUCGCUAUAAAGCCCUGUGCAAGUUCCAAGACUGGCUGGCGAAAGGGAGAAUUGAGGUUUGA